AUGUGGCUAGGAGGUCCCGUCAGCCCAACCGCACUAUCUCCUUCCUCUGUUCACGGAGGGCACGGCGGACGCCAUGCAGCCGCUCGUGGCCGCAGAUGGCCAUGUGCCGGCCAUCCGGCGCACCCCGGCGACCUACAAGACCUGCCCUCGACCCCGCGGACAACCCUAACUCCUCCCUCCCUUCUCCCUCGCGCCGCUUUCAUCCCAACAGCUCGUGCCAGAGAUGUGGUCGCCGCCGCCUCAUCGUUUUUGUGGCUGUUGGCCGCAUCUCGCCAAGACGGCGUGUCCAUAAGCUCUGUAGGCGUCCUCUCCGUCCUCGGCGCCACGAGAUCGAGGCCGAAACCACCUGCAUCGCCGCCCAUGCCCGUCCCCCUCGCCGGAAUCUACAGCUGCCUUCGUCGAUUUGCACAACUGCGCCACCCUGGCAGUCCCGAGCACGUCUCCGCCCCUCCUCUCGAUGACGGAUCCCAGGAGCCAUACGACGCCACUGAUGACUACUACUACCCGGAGGACGCCUUCUACUACGUGAAGACCGGCGAUGACUAGGACUAGUUAGGAGGCUCCCAGGCAGGAGGCCUUGCCUUUCCGAUCAUUGUUGCUUUUGUGCUAGCCUUCUUAAGGCAAACUUGUCUAACUUAUGUCUGUACUCAGAUAUUGUUGCUU